UAAGUUGUCUUGUAAUUUGACAACACCAUGAGGAGAUCGGCUUUCUUUCUACUGCUGACGGGUCUCUUGGCCAAUGGACAAGAGUUACUCUGGGAAAACGCCUAUGAUGAGCCUCUAGAUUUUAAGUGCCCUCCAGGACAGUCAAUAUCCUACAUAAAGAGCCAACAUGACAAUAAACGCGAGGACAGGAUGUGGGAGUUCGGCUGUAAAAACACCUUUAACUCUGGUUCAGACUGUUUCUUGUCACCUUACGCCAAUGAUUUUGACCAAGUGCUACAGUUUGAGUGUCCAGCACACCACUUCAUUACAGGAAUGAGCAGCUACCACAGCAACAGGCAAGAGGACAGACGGUGGCAGUUUCACUGCUGUAGAAGUAACGGCCAGUGCACUGGUCACUGCGAGUGGACUACUUAUGUGAACUGGUUUGAUGAGGCCUUUCACUGGACCGUGCCAAACCAAAACUACCUGGUGGGUGCUGAAAGCUACCAUUCAAAUAGACAAGAAGACCGUCGCUGGAUGUACAAGUAUUGCACCAAAGUGCAAUGCUGAGACUCUCACAAAUCCAUCCAAAUACAUUUAAAUCUGAAAUGAAUCAAAGGUUGGAAAGAUAAUGUCAUUAUUGACCAACAAAUUUAAGAAUAAAAAUUGUUUUAAUAAAUGCAAAGAGAAAAACAAAAACUGCGGCUGAUCUCUGAAAUCACAGAAACAGUAC